AUGGCUGCAGCUUCUCCUUCAAACCCUAAAGCCAACUACCAUAUUCGAUCUAUCAGCUUGCCUUCGAAACCACACCCGCUAUUUCAACAAUGUGAAGAUCAUUUGUUGAGAAUCAUAGCAUCUUCUGAUGCCACCUCCUCCUCCUCAUCAGCCAUAAGCCACAAGUUGAGUGGCCUUCUCGAUUUGCACAACUGCAUGAAUGACUUGUUUCAGUUGCCUCUAACCCAAGAAGCCUUUGUUCGGGAGAGAAAUGAAAAAUGGGUUGAUGAGCUUUUGGACAGUUCUCUCAGGCUCUUGGAUGUGUGCACAGCAGCCAAGGAUGCCUUAAUACACACCAAAGAGUGCGCGAGAGAAAUCCAAUCCACCAUGCGCAGAAGAAGGGGAGGCCAAACCGGGUUCACAAACGAGGUCAAGAAGUAUUUUGCCUCAAGGAAAGUGGUAAAGAAAGCAAUCUGCAAAGCCCUUGUGACUUUGAAGAGUUGCGAGAAAAAGUCCAUGCCCAGCUUCUCUUCCACCAACAAAGACAAUGUGGCUGUGGCUCUGGUUAGCGUAUUGAGGGAGGUUGAAGCAGUGUCUCUGACUGUGUUCGAGUCCCUAUUGUCAUUCAUCUCCGGAUCAAAGGGACAAUCGAAGAUGAGGGGCUGGUCUUUCGUUUCCAAGCUAAUGCUCAACAAGAAAGUUGCUUGUGAUGAAGAGAAAUCAGAAGUAAACGAAUUCGCUGAUGUGGAUACUGCACUAAGCUGCCUUGUUGGCCAAGAAACAAGCAAAUCAGACAACAUCUCCUGCAGCGAGAAUGUCCAAAGCGAUCUGCAACAAUUGGAAUCAUGCAGUCAAGAUCUAGAAGAAGGACUCGAGUGUCUGUUCCGGCGAUUAAUUAAGAAUAGAGUUUCCCUUCUCAACACCCUUAGCAAUUAA